AUGACACUGGAGGAAUUAGUUGACGCCCUCCCCAUCAACAAAGAAAAAUCUCUAGGUGUAUCCCGCCUAAUGCAAAUUUUAAUGAAUUCGGCGUUCUUCAUCAAAGCCACAGUCUCCAACAAUGAUCCCGAAAAUAUGGGAUAUUGGUUUACAUCAGAUUCUCGUCUCCUCUUAAAAGAUGAGCCAUUGAGCGUGACACCAUUUUUACUAGCCUUGCUAGAUCCGGUUCUGACAGAGCCAUGGCAUCAUUUAAGUGAAUGGUUUGAAAAUGAGAAUCCCACGCCAUUUGAUACUAAACAUGGGAAGACAUUUUGGGAGUAUGCUGGACAGGAGCCAAGGUUGAAUAACUUCUUCGAUGAAGCAAUGGCUAGUGAUGCAAAGUUGGUGGCUAGUGUGCUUAUUAGUGAUUGUAUACAUUUAUUCGAAGGAACUGCUGCGUCAGAGGUUAUUGCUGAUGCGGUCCCAAACUUGAAAUGCACUGUGCUUGAUCUUCCAGAUGUUGUUGCCGGCUUGGAAGGGACUAAGAACUUGAGCUAUGCUGGGGGAGACAUGUUUGAGUUCCUUCCUCCUGCAGAUGCAAUCUUACUCAAGUGGAUAUUGCAUGACUGGAGUGACGAAGACAGUAUCAAAAUACUGAAGAAAUGCAAAGAAGCAAUUUCAAAGACAAAUAAAGGAGGAAAGGUGAUCAUUGUCGACAUGAUAGUAGACAACUCGAAAGGAGACAACGCAAUUGAAACGCAACUCUGUUUUGAUAUGCUGAUGAUGGCUCUUGUUGCUGGGAGAGAAAGAAAUGAGAAAGAGUGGGCAAAGAUCUUCAAAGAUGCAGGUUUUGUUGCCUACAAGAUAAUCCAUGUAUUGGGAUUGAGGUCUGUUAUUGAGGUUUAUCCUUGA